AUGGCUCAUACAUUGGCGAGAAAUAUUGUGCUUUUGGCAUUAGCUGCAAGUGUUUAUUCAAAAGACUUUGUUGUGCAAUCCCCGGUUGAAGUAACCACUGACACCAUAGAAGCAACUACAGAUCAUGUAUUGGAUACUAGAAAUGAGAGCACGAACAAAAGUACAGGAGAACCAAAUAUAAAAGUAUUAGACAAUACUCCUAAGCCUCUGGAAAGCGCUUCAAAAGUUCUACUGCCAAUUAUAUCAAACGACUCAUUCAAUGACCUUAAAUAUCAAGUAAAAAGGCGAAAUACUACGAUAGUACCCCCAAGGACAGUGGAAGUACCCAAAAAACCUAUUAGACAUAUAUUAAAGAAUGAGUAUAAAACACAUGUGCAAUAUGAUGAAGUAACUGGUGAACUAAUAAGCGGUGAACAUCCUUGUCAAAGGGACUGUGUGGAGGGUGGUGAACCAAUGAUAUGUUACUAUCACUUUAGUCUUGAAUUAUAUAUGACAAUGAGUAAAGCUUGUUUUGAUUGUCCAUAUAAUGAAACAGAUUGUGAUAGAAUUGACUGUAUACCAGCUGAUGGGAUCAGUCGGCCGUUGACAGUGAUAAAUAGGAGAAUGCCUGGACCUGCUAUUGAGGUGUGUCAAAACGAUCGUAUAAUUGUGGAUGUUGAGAACGAUCUGAUGACCGAAGGCACCACGGUGCACUGGCAUGGACAGCAUCAGAGGGGCACAAACUACAUGGACGGAACACCAUACAUAACACAGUGCCCUAUAUUGCCUGAAACUACUUUUAGGUACCAAUUCAAUGCUACCCAAGCUGGGACACAUUUUUGGCACUCUCACUCUGGGAUGCAGAGAGCUGAUGGGGCUGCUGGUCCCUUCAUCAUCAGAAAACCCAAGUCACAGGAGCCACAUGGAGUUCUUUAUGAUUACGAUAGGGCGGACCACGUGAUGCUGAUAACUGAUUGGAUACAUGACCUGUCCUUAGCUAUGUUCAGUGAUCAUCACCACUCAUUAGGAGACAAUAAGCCGCCGACUCUAUUGGUCAACGGUGUGGGCAGGUUCAGAAUAUUUAACGACACCAAUACGACUAAGCCAAAGUAUAUGAAGACGGCAAGAUUUAAUGUUGAACAGGGCUACAAGUACCGUUUUCGUGUCAUCAACGCGGAGUUCUUGAACUGUCCUAUUGAGAUGUCAGUGGAUGGCCACAAUAUCACCAUCAUUGCGUCUGAUGGUUACGACUUAGUCCCUAUUACUGCUACAUCACUCGUGACGUACGCCGGGGAGCGUUUUGACUUUGUACUGGAGACCAACAAUGAAAUCGAUAAUUACUGGAUUCGUUUCCGUGGAUUAAUGGAUUGUGAUGAAAGAUUCACUAAGGCAAAGCAAGUGGCUGUAUUGCAUUACGAGGGGGCGAUGGAGGUGGAACCAAGUGGAGAUCCCACCUGGGAGGAGCUACAUAAUGAGGGACUUCAACUAAACGCUCUGAAUAAAGGUGAGGAAGAUGAAGAAACAAUAAGUGUGGCUGAAAUGAGGUCCCUCGAAGGAUACGAUGACAGUUUGAAGGAGGUCGCAGACUAUCAGUUUUACAUUGCGUAUGAUUUCUACCCAAAGAACAAUUCUCAUUAUCACAGAUCACCGUAUUAUGGAUAUUACCAAGUUCCAAAUCCCGACAAUCGCCUAUAUACACCACAACUCAACCACAUAAGUAUGAAGAUGCCAUCGAGUCCCCUUAUGAUCUCUCGGCCGUCUGCCGAUAACUUCUGCAACGCAUCUAGCAUAGACGAAUCAUGCAAAGAGGGCUACUGUGAGUGUUCUCACGUUUUAUCAGUCAAAAAGAACGCGGUAGUAGAACUAAUUAUAGUAGACGAGGGUGUAACGUUUGAUGCUAACCAUCCUUUCCAUUUACACGGCUAUUACUUUAGAGUAGUUGGUAUGAGACGGCUAGCUGAAGAAAUCACUGUAGAUGAAAUCAAAGCAUAUGACAAAGCAGGCCUCAUGAAACGAAAUCUGAAAAAUCCUCCCCUCAAAGAUACAGUGACGGUACCGGACGGUGGCUACACAAUUCUAAGGUUCAAAGCUGACAAUCCUGGUUAUUGGUUAUUCCAUUGUCAUAUUGAAUUUCAUGUAGAAGUAGGCAUGGCGCUGGUAUUUAAAGUGGGCGAAGAAAAAGAUUUCCCUCCUAUACCACGAGAUUUUCCAAGGUGUGGUAAUUAUAUGCCUGAUAAUAUGGUGGAACAUGAAACUACACCAAAACCUAGUAAUGAUAAUCAAUUUAUUUCAAUAACACAUUGGUGGCCAGUGGUUUAUGUUAAUAAUACGUCAGGAGCUGUUAAAAUUACGUCAUCAGUUUAUGCUAUUUUAUGUAUCUGGACAUUAAGAAUAUUAUUAAGGUAUCUCUAG